AUGGCCGUCGCACCUGAGAAGAUAUUUGCCGUGUUGAUUGGCAUCAACAACUACCGCGGGCAGUACAACAAUGUCAAAAAUCUAUACGGUUGUGUCAAGGAUGUAGACAUCAUCGAUACACUCCUCACAACCACCCUCCGCGUUCCAGCCGGCAAUGUUCAUACCCUCACGUCCCCUCAUGGGUCGACACCGGAAACUUUGCCGACCAAAACCAAUGUCCUUGCCCUGAUUGAGGAGGUCGCCGGAAGAGCGGUUGCGAGCGGCCCUGGUGCCCUUUUCUUCCUGCACUACUCUGGCCACGGCAUGCGCACCAAAACAAUCUACCAUAAGCCAGAGAAUGGUGGUUUGAAGUCUGCAGGUGCCUACGAUGAGGGGUUGUGCACUCUGGGAGAGCCCCUGAUGGAUGUUGAGCUUUCCAAUGUUUUGGAUGGGCUGAAUGAGCUGGGUCUCACGGUAUUUGUGUCCCUCGACUGUUGUCAUUCAGGAGGCGCCGAUCGGGACAGCUUGCAUUCAGGCUCUGGUGGUGGACAUGAUGCUUUGGAUGGUCAUGAUGCCGCCGGACUUGAGAGUGUUAGCAUUCGGUGUCCUUUUCCCGAUUCGGACUCAGAUGAUGAGAUUGAUUCUGGCAAUGAAGUGGGCCGUGGUGAUGGAGAUGGCCGCAACGUGAUAGUGCAGGAGAGCUGGCUGUAUCGCAACCGGAGGCACAAUCUGCUCGCAGCCUGUCAGCCAAGUGAAUUCGCAUAUGAAACUGGUGGAAGGGGGACAAUGACAUACCAUCUCGACAAAACCUUGACGGCGCUGAAAGAUUCCAUCAUCCCAAUCACCUACGAUAUGCUCAUCACUCACCUUGUAUCCAAGUCCGGCAUCCGCAACAACAUUUUCCCUCAACAACCCAUGCUUCUCGGAAACCGCAACCGCCUGGCUUUUGGCACAAAUACCAAGUCGGCUCUUACAGGCGUGAUGCAGGGCAAUGUCACAAAGACAAAGAAAGAAGUGGGAUUCACUCUUGUCACCAUCAGCAGGGGUGCUUCUCAUGGGGUCGAGGUUGGGGACCGCUUCGCCCUCUACAGACCGGAUCAGUUCACCUUCGGCUUACUCAACCCUGACGAGGAGCGAGCUGCCGAAGCUAUCAUUCUCGAGGUCACCAACAUGACGGCUGCUGCGCGAGUUCCGACCACAUCCAACCUUGCCAAUAUUCCCAAGGUUGGUUGGUUCGCCGUUUUGGUCCAACGCAACCAUCGCCCCGUCAUCUACGUUGACACAGUCAAUCUUUCUGAUCAAACAGCCACUCGUCUCCAAAACUCCUGGAGAGAGCUACCGGAAGACCUAUUGCGCCCCACGGCUGACUUGAGACUACACUCUGAUCCGGAUAUUGUCCCAGAAGUCACUUGUCCUGACACCUUUUACGUCAAGCCCUCUGAGGAUGGGACAAGCCUUGUGGUCCACAAAAACAACACAGAGAUAAUGGAGAAUGUCCCCAGCCUCGACCAUAACGACGACAGCAUUGCCAGAACACUCUCCCUCAUCGUUCAACACCUCUCCCCUUACCAGCGUCUCACCAACCUCGCCGCCCGUGAAGAUUCCACAAAUCCGUGGAACCCUAGGUACGAAUUCGAGAUAAAACGGAUCCACGAUGUCAACAGGUCCAACAGCCCCACGCUUCCCGCUAAGGUGCAGUACGGGGUCGUCUUCAAAAACACCGAACCCCGCCCUAUCCGGAUACUAAACCAAGAAGAGGAAGCCCUCACCCAAUUCAUUACCAUCUUCAACCUUGAUCCAACCUACGGCAUAACACAGAUCUUCCCUGACGAAGGCGCCGACAGCUUCGAAGUCUACCCCAGAGAGGCCAUCGACCCCAAGUUCAAGCUCAACAUCACAGUCCCCCCACAGCUCCAAGCCGCCUCCCAACAACCAGGCUUCCAAAUGCACGACAAGAUUAUAGUUCUCAUCUCGAGCAAGGCGACAAACUUCCGGCAUUACUCGCAGCCAGACCUUCUCGCCUGGCUGCAUCCGGAGGAUGCCCGCGAGGACGUAUUCUUCAAGAAGAUCACCCCGAAAGGUCAGAACAACAUGCCUUCGCGGCAGGCGACGAGAGCAGAAGAAGAAGAGGUACAGAACUUGCGAUCUCUGGAUGAGUUUAAGGUUGCGACGUGGGAUAUUAUCACUACGCAUGAGGACUUGUACCCUCAGGUCGAGACCAACACCGCCAACCACACCCAACAUCAACCACCCUCUCGUGUUGUCCCUGUCAUCCAGCCGAUGGUCGAGGCGCAUGCUUAA